ACACUUCACCAGACCUUUCCGACUCGAUGCCUUGCCUCGCCAACUUGUGGUCACCGGAGGAGCAUUUCUGUACCUGGGCUCCGGUAGGUCCCGGGCGAGGCCGAGGGCUGCAGCACUUCUUCGGCAGCUUCGCUGAAAGUGCUGACGACCACAAGCACCAUGAUUCUGCAGAUCAUGUGGUCAGCGGUAAAGGCAAAGGAGAAGCCAAGGCGAGCGAGACAGGUGCUGUCAGCAAGCACGAGGAGCAUGAGGUGAAGCGCGCCGAGGGCUCCAAGCACCCGGGCAAAGCUCCCACAGGUGCUGAUGCUGAUAAGCCGAAGGAUGCGGAAGCGGCAGCCAAGCCGAAGGACGCAUCCAGCGCAGCGGAAGCCAAGGAGGCAGAGAGCCCGAAGGAAGAUUCCAAAGCGGCCAAAAGCGAAGAAAAGGAAGAAGCCAAAGAAGCGAAAGCUGGCGAGGAUGGCAAGGUGGCGGAGCAAGGAAAGAGCAAAGGCAAGGGCAAGAGUGAAGGCAAAGGUGUGUGGGACGAUGCAAAGGGCAAAGGAAAAGGGAAAUGGAAAGGCAAGGGCAAAGGAAAGGGCGGCCACCACGGCAGUCACCGCAGUCACAGUCGCAGCUCUUCCCAUGGACGCCACCGGCACCGGCACCGGUCCCAUUCCGGUCACUCCCAUUCGGGCCGAAGUCGUCGGCACUCGAGCGGCUCCAAGCGACGGCACCUGAAGAAGCUGCUCCACCGCGAGCGCCAGCUGCGGUCCCACUCGCCGCGCAGACGGCGGCGGUCCCACUCUUGGCGCUACGGCGACCGCCUGCGGAUGGGAUACUUCCCCUCGAAGUCUUUGAGCUCCUUGCGGAGAUCUGUGGGCCUGCUGCAGACCGAAGAUGCGCCGCUCCAGCCAGAGCUGAGUGUGCGGCACUCGCGGCGCCAGGCCACGGCGUUUCUGUUCAACGUUGGCAAGGACGCGCAGGAGGCGGACCAAGUUGACCAGGAGACUGACCAGCAGGAGGUCGAAGAAGAGGCGAAGACCAUAGUCAACGAGGAGGGCGCUGGCUAUGACGUACCCAUCGGAGUGGAGCAGGGCGAGGUGGAUGAGAUUGAUCAUGUGAUGGAGGAGAGGCAGCAGGCGCUUUGGCCCGAGCCCGCGGGAGAGCCCCCGGGCGAGGAGCCGGAGAUGUACGAGGGUCCAAGAGACCCACGCUGUCCGUGUCCCGAGUGGGACCCUAUGAAGACAGCGCUGCCAGAGGACAAGCAGCAUGCCUCCCUGGUGAUGCUGCAACGGAGGAUCCGCCCAGAGAACCAGGUGGCGCCGUCCCUGAGGGAGGCCGCCGCAGCCGUGGAGCACGCGGGGCGACUCUUCGAAGGCUGGGUCCGGCGGCGGCAGCAGCUCGCCGACGUGCUGCCUGAGUUGUCGCUGAAGAUGGAGUACUGCCGCAACCGCGCCAAGGACUUCGCCUCAUCGGCCGCGGAGAACGCACUGCAGGCGAUGAAGGAUCGCAUGGACGAGGAAGAUGAGUUGGAGGAGGGCACCGAGAAGGAGGUGGAGAUGGCCGAGGGGGAGAUGGCCUUCGAGGCGAUCGGUGAGGCGCAGGAGGACUACAACGAGCAGGCGGCGCAGGACAUGCAGCACCACGGCCAAUACGCGCCGGAUGGCGGUCUCUAUGACCAGACCGCCUUCAUCUCGGCAGCCGCGCGCAAGCCGACCCGUGUCUCAUUCCAGGCGGGUGCGGAGCAAUUGGCGGAGCAGAUGGGCAAGAUUUACGGCACGGGGGGACCGCCGCCUGGAGGGGAGCCGCCUCCGGAGGAGGUGCCACCGCCCCCGCAGGCAGAGGAGGAGCAACCCACGCUGACGGAGGCGGAGGAGGAGAUGGCGGAAGAUGAGGAGGUGGAGCAGGCGGAGGAGGUCGAAGACUGGGGCGACUUCUUCCGGGAGUGCGGCGAGUUCCGCAUCCCUCCCACAGUGCUGGCGGCGCGCCGCGCGGCCAACGAGGCCUACUGGGCUUUCGACAAAGCCAUGGGGGUCGCCGAGCGGAAGGUGGGGAAGGCCAUCCAGCAUUCCCUACUGAGAGGGGCGUAGAUGGAAUCGCCCGGCACAUGCCAACGAGGUCGCUCUCGGGGAGACUGCUCACAAAUAUUCCAGUG